CCUUGAAUUUGAAUCAUUUUGCAUUUGUAUCUCUUUUACUCGGACUAUUUAAAAAAUUAUUAUUAUUUUUGGAACUUAUAGUGCUCGUUAGGUUUGUUUUCUCCCUAAAGAAUUAAAAACGCCUCACGGUUUGCCUGACAGACCCUACUCAGGGUAAAACUCCCUGUGUCCUUCAGCCUGAUGAAAUCUGUCUCCUGCUGCGCGUGCCGCCUGUAGCUCGAGCUUCCCGGCCCGCUGCGAUCACAUGAUCAGAGCAGCAGCGAGCUAACAUGCUAGCUGCUGCGGAUGUCAGAGCCGCUGUCAACAGCUACGAACGGUCGGAGUAGCUUCUUCUGACUGGAGAGUUGUCUCAAAGUCGUGGAGUUUCAGGCAAGUGAAGCUUCUUUUUGUUAUCUUUAGUCAUGUUUGUGGUGUGAUGGAGCCCUGAAUGGCUUAGUUGAAGUUGUUGAAAGGGAGUUCUUGUCGAGUGCGGGGGUGUUAAGCUAACGUGAAAGAUAUUGGCCUUGUUUGGAUUGACAGUGAAGCUAAUCUCGACUAAACAGCCUUUUGUUUAUGUUUCUAACGCUCGGUGUUUCAACUGUUAUAGCGGGUUCAAAAAUAAUACUGCUAUAUUAUUCCAGUUUUCAGUAAUGUUUACAAGCCGAAUAUGUCGCUAGCUGCGUGUCUUUGAAUAGCUAUCAAUUAAGUGAGAAUAAAGCAGGUGAAAUAACUUUACUAGUGUCCGCGGUGAGUCCGCGAUUAGAACAAGCUCCAAAAGUCAGACUGUAAAACUUCACUGAAGUAUUGACUUGUUAUGUUUACAUAACACUAUUGCGAAACACAGCUAACAGAGCUAACCUAAAGUGUCAUUUAACAACCUGCUAACAGUUCACUCAAGCUCAUUACAGGCUGGCACAGGGUCCGAACUGAACCGAGUAUUACGCUGUUGAUCACGGAGGACCGAGAUUCACAGUUCACAGUAUAUUCAGCACAUAUGCAUGAAUAAAAAAAUGUCAAUUUAAUGACAUUUACACAAGCAAUGACCAAAUAAAGGAAUAAAACUAAAGCAAAUAAACUUCAAAUUGUAUUUAUUCUCAGUCAGUUGCAAUCAAUUAGUUUACAGGGUAACCACUUUUUUGACACUCACUGGUUCUCACUGGUUCUCACUGUUCAUGUUUUGAGCACACACACUCCUCUUAAAUCACUGGAAGACUUUAGUUUCUAACUCGAAAUGCCAAGACCUUAAGAAUAACGCAUUUGUAGAUUUAUAUCAUCAAGUUCUAUUUAUUAUGGUGAUAACUUUGAGCUGGAUCUUGAUUAUAGAGUCGACAUUUGUCCACCAAAGCUACCAAACUGCACAGGUUUUGUGUCAUGAUAUCCUUUUUAUGUCAUUUAAGUUUUCAUAUUGUGAAAGAUAUAGGAUAGGACAAUAACACUGGUGAAAUGUCCAUGAGCCUGAGGUAAAUUUGCACGUUGUUGUUGUUAUUAUUAUGAUUAUUUUUAUUAUUGAGAGCAGAUGCAAUAAACAACAUUUCAGCAGCUGAAUAUUCUCAGAGUUCCAGCAAUGUAAGAAGUGUAAAAAAGUGGCUGAAAACCUUUAAAAGAUCACACACGUGGAGUGUAUCUACUAUGGACAACUUGGUUCUGCCUCCCGCCUGUAUACGGAUUUGAAGCCAAAAAGCUCUCGGUAUUUCCGGGAUUUACUUCAUUUCCUGAAACCAGCGUUGCGCAGUAGCGUUGUGCGCAUUCAGUGCGAGAGUCCCUGUGAUGAUGCUCGGCUCAAACAGUGUAUCCCCUGGGUGAGCUACGCUAUCCUUGAACGCCAAUAGGCUGUAUCAGGUGUCAAUCAUAGAAAACAUGAACCCCCCAAUAACUUUUAAAAAUGGAGCUGUACAGAAAAAAGAGAGCUUGCGCACAAACCAGUCUUACAGUAACUACAUGUCAACAUCGCAACCAGGGGGGAGAAAAAUGUAUGUUUUGUGUAAUAAAUUUCGAAAGUUUGUCCACAGCCCCAUAAGCUUUGCUGGUGGAGGCGGGAUUUAUGACCUAUACUGCAGCUGGUCACCAGAGGGUGCUGUUCUCAGAGUAGCUUCACCCAGCAAGGAGGCAGACGCUGUCCAUUCUAUAUACAGUCUAUGAUCACACCUUUAUUCUCUAUUCCAGCCAACAUUUUUUGUAUGAGAUUGUGAUUGAUAUAAUGUUGAUUCAGUUUGUUUAUUAAGAUCAGUAGGGCCUAUAUUUCUUUACAAUCUGAGGGUCACUUGGGCAGCCCCCAAGUCUAUAAUCAUGGCAGAGUUUAAAUUACGAAAUAUUGAGCAACUCUGAUCAGGCACCAUGUUAAUGAUGAAGUCAUGCUGGUAAUGUAUACCCCCACUUUCUGGAAAGGAUAAAAAAGUUAACUCUCACAGAUUGUCAAAAUAUUUAAGUUUCUGUCUGAUAUUUCCAUCAUACAUUACUGGUCAGCAAGCCCAUGCUGUGGAUUUGGGAAGGGUUACAGUAAAACAUAUGCAUGAGUAAAUUUCUCUCUAUAGUCUCCUGGAAAAUCUUCCUAGUCUGUUAUAACAUUUUCCAGCACUCCUUGUCCCUCAUAUCACACUGUGGAUUUUACAGUCAGAUGAUCCUAAAUUACUCUCUCUUAGCUUUUUCAAGGUUUUAUAAAACAGCCUGAGAGGCCCUUUGUGCUUUACCAGGUACUCCAAACCCCUCUUCCUACUUUACUACACCAUGCCCAGCUGAGUUAGUCACCAACCCAGAGAUGUAGAAAGUUAAGAGGAGAAAGUCUAGUUGGGAAAACAUCUUUCUUCAUGAACCUUCCUGUUAAACUGGCUUGUAAUUGACUAACUUAAAUAUCAUUAACAACAUCUGACAAUGUUGAAGUUUAUAUUUGAUCUGUGUCACCACCCCUGUAAUAGUAACGUAUCAUUAAACAAAAUAAAAUCCACCUUUUUCUGCAAGUGAUUUCCGCAAUGCUGCAAUGUGUGUGCACUAGCAGGAAUAGGAGUUAAAAGUAAAGAUGUCCUGUGAUAUGACCACUGAUACAUGAAUGCACUCCCCUUACAGCACACAUUUGUUUCUGAGGCAGUUAAGAUGCCUCAGGCAGCAGUUGCCUUACUGGGACUAGGACUCAACUUAGCUUUUGGUUGUCCUACCAAGAGACAAAGAAGAAUAGCUGAAGCAGAGCUAUAACCUCCUUGCUAACAGCUACAGUGUGCUUGCCAAUCAGUCAGGUCAGCUGUGGGUCUAAUGCUGCGAAAGUCAUGAACUUAAUGUCUUUAAAACAAAUGAAUUAUGAUAGAAAUCUGCCCUUGCUUAUUGAUCAAAAUAGUUUUUGAAUCAGGCUGUAAACUUAUUUAGAUUUUUCCCAAAGAUAGGCUCCUUUGAACGAGUCUGUCUGUGGUGUCCAGUGCUUCUGCAGUCAGCUUCAAAGAGGCACGCUGGGAACUGCAGUUUAUAGCACAUCAGCAUUGGCCUCAUUUAAGGCCAGAGACAGUUGCUUGUGUAUUCCACACAUCACAGUUGUGAUGGUCAAACAUAGGUUGUUCUGCUAAGCACAGGUCAUGUAUCAGAUAUUCCUUUAAAACAACUAAUCACAGUUGGCAAGAUUACAUGACGUUAAAUAAUCAAAUGUGCAGCUGUCCAGCUAAAAUUGGAUAUGCAAACAUGUUAGUGCAACUGACAUUGCACCAAGUCAAAUUUCUGAAGUCAGGCCAACAUAUUUUGGAGAUAUACUUAAGGAAAGAUUUUUCACAGAAAGUUGGACACCAAAAAUGGGUUUAAAGAAGCCAGAGAGUAAAUAGAAUCAAUAAAUGAGUCUGAGAGAUGCAGCGUUGACUGUGUUUUCACCAUUUGACAUACAACCAAUAACCCUUUGCUAACUUGUUUAUUGAUUCUUUUAGUGUAUGACACACUAAAGGACUCAUAUUUCUGAAUGAAGGUCCAGUAAAAAGGCCAUCUUACCACCUGCUAUAGCAGAGGUGGACAUACUUUAGUCAGUAGAUUCAUUCUCUCCUCUUACUUGUCUAUUGGGACAAGGACAGUAGUCCAAUAAAAUUGCAUAAUCGAGCUUUGACUGCAGCUAGACUUCACUGUGUGUAAAAAGUUCAAACGUAAUGAAUAAAUUGAUGUUUUUCUGAUGUGGCUGGGUUGUGCCAUGGAGGAAUAAGAUUAUUUUGAGAGAACACAACAUAUUUUUUCUGUACCUCUCUUCAGACGGUUUUAGGAUUUGCCAGCACUGGGUCCAUGAUGGAACUAACCCUAAUAAUAAAACAAAAGUUAAAAAACGCAACAUUUAUAAAGCAUUAUGUAAAGUAGAGUGCCUCACUUUAAGAAAAGGAAAUGAGAUACAUAAUACCCGAGUGCCUCAUGCUUACCUAAACUAAUGCUUCCAUUCAUAAGCAUGAUUGAUCAUCUGUCAGGGCAUGUGCAGGCUGACACAUGCUGCACCUGUUGUCAGUUUGGGAUGAAUUACAUCUACUUAUUUUUUUAUUGUUUGUGACCUGAAAUAAUCCCCAAAACAACUCCACCCAAAGUCAACCUGAGCAGAAGUCUCCGGUGAGAAGAAGUGAAAACAUCAGGGUGGGUCUGCAAGACCUCGACGUACUGACUGUUCUACUUCUUCUUCCAUCAGGGUGUUGGUGGGAACUUUUGUUCAUUGUGAGGCUGGUGACUCCUGAAAACACUGACUCUUUGCUUUCACACAAAGUUGUUGCUGAUUAUGGGAGACCGUUUUUGUCUUUUUGGUGAGAGUUACAUCCUUUGGCACCCUGAGACCUUUUUGAAAAGGAUGUUUCCCACCCAGUCAUGCUGACUGUACAUCUACACCAGGGUUUGGCUUCCUUGCAUAGGGGCUUUCACGGACACAGUUAUGCUGCAAUCACUCUGAAACCCAUUCAGUUUAUUUUUUUAUUUUUUUUUACUGAUGAUAACUGGGGGUCCAUUAAUCAGUAGGGCCCAACCGAUAUGGAUUUUUUGGGGCUAAUGCCGAUAACGAUUAUUAGGGGGGAAAAAAUCUGAAUUACCGAUCGGCCAAUUUUUAAAUUUUUUUAAAUUAAGUUAUAUAUAUACUGUAGGUAGCUACAAUAUACUAUAUAUUGUAGGCUACUGCUCCCCUCGCUGACAGGAAGACCGACUGAUCAAAUUCCGACCAGAAAAGCGUUUUCAACUACCUACCCCCCAUCUUCAUGUAACAAUUCCAAUUUAAACAAGUACAUUUCUCAAAGUCAAUCCAAGCUAACCUCAGUUUACAGAUCAGCUCAAACCCUCUUUGGACUCGGUUGUUGGAAAAACACUUAAUUUUUCACCUUAAAACUUCUGCACAUACUUCAGCGUAGCUGUAAUACUAAAACUAAUCACGAUUUUCCAGAGUCUGCGGCCAAACAAUGUCGGGUUUGUCAGCUGUAGCUAACAAUAGCGAAUCUAGCACCACAGCCUGUAGUCCCCCUCGCAGGUUAACGCUUAAAUGUUUGUGCUGUUUACACAAUUCUCAAGUCAAAUGUUUAUAUGAUGGUUUAACCUCAGGCUUCCGACAUACAACGUUAUCCUUUAUUUUCUAGAUCAUAAAACUGCCAAACCCUACCAUGCUGUUAAAUGGCACUUACUUGUUUACGCCUAGAUAGUGAAGCGUUAUUGCAUUAUGUUAGAAGCCAAAGCUGGUAGUCAUAUUAACUCCUUUAAUCAAAGAGAGCAGCCUAAUAUCAGGAAAUUAGCGAUAUAAUGUCUUGGCAUCACAAGUCAAGUUUAACUAUUCAACUUGUUCCUUUAUGAACUGCAGAUGAAGUAGUUGAUCUGUACAAGAGAAUAAACACUUAUGUCUUUCACCCAGAUGUGAAGCUAUAACAUAAACAGAGUAGUAGGUUUAGGUGGUUGUAACGCCUUGACCAGUUUCAUUAUGUUUGUUUGUUAAUGGCCUCUGUUGUGUACAGUCCACGUCGCUGUCAGUGAUGUAAGGCUGAUAAAAGCUGUUAGGUGUAAUCUAAGCUUUUGAUUUUGUACACUUGUAUUGACUUUGUUGGUGGCUCUCAUUUAAUUUCCAGCGGUCUAUGAAAACAUGGCACAUGGACAAAGGUGACUGGCUGAUAAGACACAGGGGGGACAUUGGACUUGCACAAUGAGAUAGCGGCGGGGAUGACAUGAGGUCACAGGCAGAGUAAAGCUGUUUUACAAGCGGCGAAUCUCUAGAUUCACCCAAUAAAGUCUGAUACGUUUGAUGACUUGACCCAUUGUCGUUACAACAGAUUGUAGAGCUUGAUAGAGCAAAAGUUGAACAAGUUUAGACCUCUCUGCUGACAUAACAUUUGAUCGUGAUUACCGGCUUUUCAGCAUGUUAAUUUGAGACCUGCUCUGAAACUUUUGACACUUGAAAUGCUAUUUUUUUGUUUUGUUUCUCAUACUGUUUGAGAAACUAUUUGGUGCAGGCCUUUACAGACAAUACACUCAAGCUGUGGAUUACAAUGUUGUUAUAUUUUGACAGAACUGGUCCUUUAGUUGUCUGUGAUAAUCAGGGAUUUGGGGUUAAAAUUGGCUGCUUAAAUAGUCAAAGAAAAGGACCGCAGAAGCAGAGAUCUGUGUGGAUUUAAGAGCCCUGCACAUGACCAAUAGUAACCUCUUCUUGUUCCCUCUUUCACCCUCCCUCCCUCCUCCCCUCUCUGUUUUCCCUCCUGUCUCCCAUUGGGCAUUGUAGAAAGGGACUCGUCUUCUUUCCUACUCACUCUCUUCAAGAAAUCAACUCAUUAGACUUCUGUCCAACUAGCCUCAUGGGGCUUUGGCAUCUUUAAGGAACGUCAAGGCGAGCAAGUCCUCCAUCAGCACAGGGAUAUCGACGGUCUGAGGUUGUGGACACACACGGGCAAGAUGAAGAGGCGAUAAAUAAGACAUCAACUCCAGAGGUAGGGUCAGUCUUCCACCAUGUCUGACACGAAAUCAGUGCUGAAGUUGAACUGACUCAAAGAGGGCUCCCAGUUAAAUGUUGUGCUUGGUGAUUUAGCCAGUAAAGGUUGUUUUUAAGGGAAUUAAACACCAAUAUGUAAAAAAAAGAAGUGCUAGUUAAGCAGAAGAACAUCAGAUUUUUUAAAUAUUUUUCACAACAGAUUUGCAGGAUCAAUUCUCAUUUUCAAGUAGUAUUGGUUAAUAUUGCAUAAAAGCCAGUCUAUCAAAUUCAUUAGCGCCUCCUGAGUGAAAGCUUUUACUUUCAGCUGCUGCACCAGUAACAGCUUUAGUUUAGUUAUUCAGAAGCUUAUCAGUGGAGCUUGGGAAAUGACUUCUAUUCAUGCUCUUCAGCUAUUCAGGUUUUUUCAUGUUUCCUUUUCUUUUACGGUUGUCCCCCAUUAUUUUCUGAGUCACUCUCUAGCAGGUUUGCUCCACACAUAAGCUUUUGAUUUACAGAGACUGACAGAAAAUGUGGCUUGCACAAGCUGUUGAUAAAUGUUCCCCUUAUACACUGUUACAUACAGGUUUUGUCACAAUCUAUUCAUAUGGGUCACCAAAUUGAUCCACAUGAAUAUAGAAUCAAACAUCAGUCCUUAUCACCCUUUGGAGAUCCUUUUAUUUCUCUGUCACUUUUUUCUUUAAAGCACAUUUACCCAUGACAGACUGUGGCAACAAGCCUGCCAAAGACCUGAAAAUAUCUAUUAAAGAUAUAGCUGCCAAGCUCCGUCCAUAAACAUAGAGCUGUGGAAGUAUUUUGUUCUAAAGUGCUUUGUCAAUAUUAACAUAAUCAAAUAAUCAUUAAAUCCAUAAAAUAAGUUGGGGGUGUCCCAGAGGUGACAAAGGGUUAAUCUGUCCUUGUGCUACCAUUGCUUCCAUCAUUGUCCACAAUGUGCAGUUUCUGAACAGCUGUGAAGCUCUUCCCGGUAUCGUUUGUUUUUUUGCUAUCCUGCCAGCUACUAGCUCAGUGGAGGUAGCAUUAGUAGUUGGACCCACUGCCUGUGAUCAAUUCGCUGAGGCCUGUGUCACCCCUCUCUGCUUGUCAUUUGUUGUGUUAAAUUGAAGUCUUUUCAAUCACACCAGCGCUCCACAAAGUGUAUUUACUAUAAAGCUUACCGCUGUGUUCUCACAGUUUUGACCUAAUGAGGUAGAAAAGUUGUUACAAACUGAGGCUGUUAAACUCGUCUUCCUCACUGUGUUUCCAGCAUGCUUUUUCAGAAAAACAAAUGCUUGUUUUUUCUGUGGGUUUCAUCUUUCGUGUAAUAUACUGAAACAUACUGACAUAACUCUCUAUGUAUCAUACUGCUGUACUGUUUGUACCAGUGUAUAGGGUGCAUUUUAUUAUUUACAAAACAAAACAAAAAAGGCAUUUAGAGUGCCUCCUAUAUGCCAUGAGUUAUGGUGAGUUGAUAUAGACAUAAAUAACUGUAUUGAACCUGCCUUUGUCUCAUUCCUAUUUCAAGCUACUAAUUUGAACCAAACUAAAUCUUAUCUUGGCAAACACUCAAACAUCAACAAAUAUGAAAUCAUUGCCCAAAAUCUCUUUAAUUUGUGUUACAUCCUGCUGAAACUUGAUAUCCUCAUUCCAAAAGACGGUAAAUUAACAUAAUAGACAUAAAAUUGAUUGGUUAGCAGGUCAAAAUGACUAUCAGGCUAUCUUAAUGUAUGUAUUCUUACACUGAAAAAACUAAAUUCGGAUUGUGCUUUUGCUGUUUCAUGCACUAAUCGACCAUUAGGAAGACAAAGCGAUGUGCUUCUUUUAAACUUUGCUAUAAUUGUGCAGGGUUGCUGGCUCAGUUUCCAUCGAGGCGAUUAUCACUGCCUUUUAGAUGAGAUACUGAACAAAAUGGCCAGGUGUUAACACUGUGUUGAUUUUUGAACACUACGCCCAAUUCCUCUGUGCUUGUUGACUGAGCCUUCUCCCGGGCGCUGAGUGUCAACAUGUGCUUCCAACAUAUUCAAUCUUUACUGAGCAAAAGAGAAAAGCAGACUAAAAUGAGAAAGAUUGAAGAGUAAGCUGGAAGCCUCAGCUUCAUUUGCUGCAGAAAGUAUGAAGUCAUGUAAUUCUUUUGUUAAAAUAGUCAGACUUUUCUGUCCAGUAUUUCUGGAGAGAAAAGAUCUAAAAACCUGUAAGAUGGACACUUUGUUUGUGAAGUUAUUACACUUAAUUUAUUAACAUUUAGGAGGAUAUAUUAGACAUUAGAAGUACUCAGAAGUACUCCCAAUGAUAUGAUUUCACUUUAAACAAUAUUUAUAUAUGUUGUUAAGUGUCAGAAUAGCUUUCUAUAAUAAACCCAGUUAUUCUUAUGUGUUUUUCUCAUCUGAAUUUUGCCUCUCAGCAAAAAACAUGAAUUGUAUAUUUUUAAACUGGGUGUUCCUUCAUGCAUGCCAGUUAAAAAUAGGCUGAAAUCACGCAUGUGUGUUUGCUGAAUCAGUUUCCUGAAAUGCAUCCAUAUGAGGCGCAUGACAAACUUUCGCUUCUGCUUUCACUGCCAGUUGGCUCAGGCUGUGCACGCCUGUGUAGCAGGAUCUGAGCUGAUUUCAAUUUUUUUCAUAUUGCAGUCCUUUCUAAGAACGGCAUUGUGCCAUAGAAGAACAUUUUUAUUACCCUUUCACGGAUGUAUCCCAACCAUAUCCUGGUCCUAAACUAUAUGCAGCUUUCAUAAAGUUACUAUAGGCAAUGUACUCAGAGCAGCGGUUUGAAUUCCUACAGCAUUUACUACCCUUAAUCAGGCUGUAUGUCUUUGAAAGAGUAUAACUGUUAUGACAUAACUCAGGCGCCUUAGGUCACAGCAGAGUCUCUUCACUGUUCAAACAGUUGUCCCAUUGUUGAGUGAAUAUAUGCAAUAAUGCAUACAUUCAAACGUCCAAAUAUAGGACAAAAAGAGGUUUUUGUCGUUCUUCAGUUUCUUAUCCCAGGGGCAUUUACUUGGAAAAUUUAAGAUUAUCAUUAGUCAUCUACUCUCUGAUUAUUGUAUGAAAAAUAUGACUAGCCUGCAGUUCAACCAUUUUUUAACCAAAGAAGGUCUGAUGUAGCCAAACUCUUCUGGGUGAAGGUUGUCUGUGUGAGCAGAUUUUGAGGGAGUAGCUUUUCUUUUCCUCUUGAAGGAUUUUCUUGUUAAUUUACUAUCGUAAUUGAGUUUAGUUUUUAUUGAUCUGCAGGUACACGUUGAUUUCGUAAUGACAAGCUGCUGUGCAGAAGAUGUCCACGCUGUCUGUGACUGAUAUCCCAGAUGUUGGUCAUGGUAAGAGAAACCCCUUUUUUGGAAAAGCCCGCUGUGUGAUUUUCAAACUGAUCGGUUAGUUUUAUCUCUGUUGUGCUUUACAACAAGUGCCUUUAAGCUCUGGUGUAGCUCUAUGCUUUCAGUCCAUUAUUUAUUAUUUUGUCCUCAUGGCGACAUCUUGAUUUGCUGUUAGGUCAUAAAUUUAAUGCUUGGCUUUCUAAAAUUCAACCUUUGUUAGCACAUGACUGCUUUGAUUUCUACUCUCAGCAGACAUUUAAGAUUAUGAGCCUCAGACCUUAUCUUAUAUAGCUGGCUGUCGACGGUCACAGCUUGCUUCGUACACCUGUCAAAAUAAGAUGGAAGGUGUUUAUUGUUGACUUUGUUUGUCUCUCCUCUGUCAGAUGAGAGUAAGGUGUUUGAUGGGGCCUCUGAGCUGCAGCUGGACUGCAUGGUUGAGGAGAACAGUGGAAGCACCACAAUGAAGCACGACGGCCUGCUGUCGCUGGCUGACCUCUCCCAGCCAGAUGACUUCCCCGUCCCCCCUCACAAUGGCCCUGCACUGACUGAGAUGAGCAGCCCUCUGCUGGUGGACCCCGCGGACAUUAAGCUGGAUCCAGCUGCCAGUGACACAUCUUCCAGCGCCGGUGAGGGAAAAAAACAGCCGAUCUUAAACUGUUAUGAACAGAGAACUUCAGGGUUUGUGCCAUUACAUUUGAGUUAUUAUUGUAAUGAGAAAGACAAAGAAUUAGCCACAGCAUGUGUCCCAUUAUUCCUCAAUUAAAGACCAGUCUCAACAUGGAGCCGGACCCUUUAUUAAGACCGGGGUCAUGUCCAUUAUGACUGAAUAAAAUCUGCUUUUCAAUUAUUGGCUGGGACACUUUCAUAUUUUUGUCAUGGAGAGCGAUUUACUGUAAAUUCAGGACGAUCGCACAGCAGCUGGCAGCCCAGCUUCAAAAUGUGUUCAGUGUAACAGAAAAGGUGCUGCCAAAACACAAAAAAAAGGCACCGUUCAUACACAGAACAAAAGAGAAGACAGAGUGAAUAAGAUUUCUGCAGAGAGUGUCUUGUUAAACAGUUUUGUCCAAAAAUCAAUAAGUAAUAUGCUGAUAUCUGUGUGCUCAGUUCAGUCUGCUAAGGGAUCAUCUGAACAUGACAGCUACCACCAUUAGUCUGUGUGAACAGAGACUCCAGAGUAAAAGGAUUGAUGUUAAUAUAAACCCAACAUGUAUGAGGCCCUCCUCCCCCGGUAGUAGGAGAGCUUGUGUGUUACCAACAGUUCACUCCUCAUCCUUUCUUGUAAAUUUUGAUGCUUUAGUCACCAUGAGUCAAGCAUGACACAAUCAGUGAGUGCACAACUGUUCUUUAAAUUAAAUCAGGUUGGUUAUCCGUCUAGGAGACUUUUAUGAUGUCUGUUUUCAGCCAUUUUUUUUCAGGAUGCUGUUAAAAUGAGCAUCAUUGCAGUGUGUAUCUGUGGCAUGUCGCUACAGGUAGCCAUGUGUGCCUAGAAAGGCUUGUUUGACCACUUUCAGAGACAAGAGUUACACAUACUUUAAUCCAUCGAUCAUCUCUGGAUGUAAGAAUGAAUGUUCACCUGUACAUCUUUAAAGAACCCCAACCGGUCCUCCAAAGUUACAAUACACCACUUUGCUUCAACUAUGCUGUGUUUUUAAUGCUGAGAAGUCAAGCAAAGGUGACCGAAGUGAAGGCUGGAUGCUGAGACUGGUCUAGGUGUGAUUUCAGAUUUAUGAAAACAAAAGCAUUCCUGUGGUUUGAGAAAGAAUUCCUUGGCUAUUACCUGUGGUCCUGAUGCUUUUGUGUAUCUUUUCCUAAAGAGGAGCUCAAAAUAACCGCAGAAGUAAGCUCUUCUGACAUUUACAUUUAAGCUUAAACAUUUUUCUUUGAGUUUGCAGACAGUCUAGACUUGUGAGACUUCAGACAGGAUGUGCUGGAUUUGCAUUGUUUGUCCUGCAUAUGGUGCUUCAAUAUUUUGCAUACAGUGCUGUGUCUCUUAACUUUACUCUGUUUAGAUUGGAGGCCUUUAGAUAUUCACCCUGUCUUUAUUCAAAUGAACAAAGACAUGCAGACAUUACCCAACCUCAGCACACAUUUAACGCUCUCUUUUGAAAAAUCCCUGAACUCAAUUCCUUGAAAGGACUGAAUUAACUGUUUAUUUUUAAUGUAUGUGUGUAUAGAUGGUCAACCAGUGAAGAGGAAGAAGGGACCUGCGCCAAAGAUGCUGGGCAAUGAGGUGUGCAGCGUAUGUGGCGACAAGGCCUCUGGUUUCCACUACAAUGUGUUGAGCUGUGAGGGAUGCAAGGGCUUCUUUCGGCGCAGCGUCAUUAAAAGUGCCCAGUACUCCUGCAAGAACAACGGACGCUGCGAAAUGGACAUGUACAUGCGCCGCAAGUGCCAGCAGUGCCGCCUGCGCAAGUGUCGGGAGGCGGGCAUGCUGGAGCAGUGUGAGUAUCUGUGCGCCAGAUGAGUCAGAGAUACAGAAACUUUAGAUCCCACUGCAUUUUUUAUACCCGUGGGUUUUGCAUCGAGAGUGAAAAAUCACAAGAAUAAAACAAGAUCCGAAGUCAGAGGAUUGAACUUUUUUGUCAAUAUGUGCAUCCCUCUCUGACCUGUAGGUGUGCUCUCUGAGGAGCAAAUCCGACUGAAGAAAAUGAAAAAGCAGCAGGAGGAGGAAACGGCCCGCACGUCCACAGUGGUCACCCCCACCCCGCCGCAGGAAGCAGCUGCCCUGGAUCCCCAGCAGCAGGAGAUGAUUGAGAAGCUGGUGGCCAUGCAGAAGCAAUGCAACAAGAGGUCUUUCCUCGACCGACCAAAAGUGACGGUAAGUGGACAUUUAAUACAGUUAGAAUUAAGAGUUCUCUUUUUGACCAAUUUGUUCAUCUCACAAGUAAAGUUGUUUCAGGCAUUUUCCCACCAUGUUACAUUCAUUUAUUCCCAUAGUUUGUUUGCCUAAAAGAGUAUGCUGUCAAAUGAAAUAAACAUGAAAACAAUUUAACAAUUGGUUUGUUUGUGAAAUUUAAAAUAAACUGGGUCUUUUUGUAACAGGUUGACACUGAGGCUACAUACCUUGCAUGGGUGGUGGGAUUCUGCCCAGGAUUUGGCAGCCUAAGGAGAAAAGAUAGUGCUAAACUAAUAGACUAAAUAUAAUUACUUUUAUGAAGCUUUCAGUAGCCAUGAAGACUGUCCUCAUGUGUAGGAAAUGUCAUGGAGAAUCAUCUGUGGUCAAUCACUGUUCAGUAAAGAUUCCUUUUAUUGCCCCUGCUGAUCGUCUUUACCCCACAGCAUGCUGCUUUUCUGGUUUGAAAAGGCUUGUGUUACUCCAUGCUAACCAGUUCAUACAUUGUCUUUCACAUGUGCAUCAAACAGCCGUGGCCGCAGAGUCAGGACUUGCAGAAUCGUGAAGUACGUCAGCAGCGGUUCGCCCACUUCACUGAGCUUGCGAUCAUGUCUGUCCAGGAGAUAGUGGAUUUUGCAAAGCAGCUUCCUGGUUUCCUGGAGCUCACAAGGGAGGACCAGAUUGCUCUCCUUAAGACAUCUACCAUUGAGGUUUGUCACGGUCUAUCAUGAGACUGUGUCUCGUAGCCUCAGCUGGAAAAGUUUGUUUUACUUUGAAUGCAAGUCUUUGUUAGUGUGUAUAAGUAGUUUCACAGCAACACUUAAUAAAAUUUGUUCCAAAUGAGCUGUUGGACUUUUUUAAGAAGAAAGAACAGAGGAGACGGUCUAAAUGUAGUCAUGUCUUAAUGCUGUGCAGUUUUAUAAUACAUAUCCACUGACUGAGGGUUAACAUUGUCUCGCAAAGUUAAAUAUGUUACUGCCUGCAAGAUUCGGCUCACCUUAUCAUUAUCUCUGCAAAUAUGUUUGGCUCUGUGUUAUCAUGUCAUUCAUUUACAUGUGUGUCUUCCUCAGAUUAUGUUGCUUGAGACAUCUCGGCGGUACAACCCUGCUAUUGAUAGCAUAACAUUUCUGAAGGAUUUCAGUUACAACAAGGAGGAUUUUGCCAAAGCAGGUAAACAUACUCUUUUCUCCUUUUCAAGAUUUUUAGUAGAUAUGAAUAUAAGGGGAACCUUUUAGCUGAAUGCUUGCAUGCGUUUGUCACACAAACUUAGAAAACAGCUAAAUGAAGCGUGGCUAGACUAAAAAAGUAAAUGCUGUUUUUAAUUUGGACAAAAUGUUUUAUGUAACCAGUAUACAAAAAGAAGCACUUUGCUCUUGCCCUACUUUCACUGGAAACUACAGACCUUCUUGAAAAUAACCUAAAGCCUACAGUGUUAUUGCGCCACAUUUCCUUUUGUAAAGUGACGUUUGUUUCCUUGUCUGUCUCUUAACUUUCACCUCACUAGGCCUGCAGAUCGAGUUCAUUAACCCCAUUUUUGAGUUCUCAAAAGGAAUGAAUGACCUGCAUUUGGACGAGGCUGAGUAUGCCCUGCUCAUUGCCAUCAACAUCUUUUCUGCAGGUCAGAAUUGAUUCACUAAGAGUCCCCUGUGAAUAAAAAUAUAAAUGUUCAGGGCUACACCUGUCAAAUGUCAAGCUGUAUACAGUCAAAGAUGAUUGUAAAUAGAAUAUUAACAAGUUUUUUUUUCUGUAACGAUUUAGAUCGUCCAAAUGUACAGGAUCAUGAUCUGGUGGAGAGGUUACAGCAGCCCUACGUGGAUGCGCUACGCUCUUACAUUAUGAUAAAGAGACCAAAUGUAAGUGCCCAGCUGUUUACGUAACAUCCUUUCCUGCGACGGCCAGAAUGUCAGCAUAACCUGGCUGUCAUCAUCACAACAAGCACACUGGGUCAGGGCUGAGGUUAGGUUUAUUUUGUCAGACGGGCAGUGAGGAUGGGGUUAAAUGAGUGCAAAAGGAGAAUGGCUGUUUGAUGUGACUGUUUACUGUAAUGCUUUUUUUUAAUUUUACUUCUGACCAACUGAACUCUCUUCACAUUGUUUGUGCUUCAUGGAAGCAGCUCAGUGUUACUGUUGUCGUUCUUAAUAACAGGCAGAUGUAGAGUACUUCAGAUUUAAACCAAAAAAACCCUCACUGAUAGCGAAUGUUGUGGAUACAGUCAAUUUUUAAAUGGAAGAAGAGUCAAUGCCAAGAGCAUUAAUAAACACAGAGCUCUUUUCUUUCACUAAAAACUUGGUUAAAGAAUAUUAUAGUGUAAUGUCAGCCAGUUCUAGCAUAGAGUGUCACUCCUCUCUUAUGCUCUCCUACAUUUGCUGCAGACAGUACAUAGAGCAUCGAAAACAAUAGAGUUAAGGCAUUUCUAUCCUAGAGGAACAAUGAAAUUUAUAAGUCAGCCAUAAAAUUGUUUUCCUUGUUAUAUGACACAUAACAAAAGUUUGCAUGUUAGCACAGAACAUGAAGCAGUCCAGACAAAUGCAGCAGAUGUGACUUGAGUUCAGGAAGUUUCCUCCCUAAAUUUCUGUUUAAAAGUUGUUUCCCUGGUUUCCUCAGGAUCAUUUGAUGUUCCCCCGUAUGCUGAUGAAGCUGGUGAGCCUUCGUACACUAAGUAGCGUCCACUCAGAGCAGGUUUUCGCCCUUCGCCUCCAAGACAAGAAGCUUCCCCCACUGCUCUCUGAAAUCUGGGACGUCAAUGAGUGACUGCAAACCUGACGUCCCUCUCCGUCUCCGUGAAGGCUGAGACAGACCUGGCACCGGGCAGAAAUAGGAAGAAAACAGACUCCUUCUGGUCCAUCUGGUCAGGGAUUGGUUAUUGCAUUUGAGUUUUUUUUUUCUGGUGGGAGGGGAGCAACACUGCCCUUUGCUCUCAAACAGACUGCUGAACAGUUUGAGUUCAUGAGGACAAAAAUGGACAUCCUAGUUUUCUUUGAGCCUUUCGUUGUUUUUUUUGAGAUGCUGAUAUAUUUGGCAAAAUUGAAUACCAGCAUCAGGCUCUAUAGCCAGUUAUUUCUGAGUUAAUAUUUGUUGACGGUUAUGAUCUCUAGUGCAGUUCUGAACUCCUCUUUUCAUGAUUAGAAUCAAACCUCUGAGCAGGUCUUAGCUGUGGCCGCUUCAAACGCCAGAUUUACAGCUGCACAUUCAGUUGAAAUUGUGAUUUUUGCAGUCGUGCAAUAAGUGGAAAUGGAUGCAGAGCUAAGCAUGAGCAGACCCGGAUCUGCUUUUCACUUUCUUGAUGUUAGGAUAAAAAUGUAGACCAUCUGGUUGGGAUUGUGCAUUGUACAAUGGCAUGAACUAGCUUGUGUUCCUUUUGGAGUAACUGCAGAAAUUGAUGGGUUGGUGUAGUCGCUCAGGUAAAGUAAUGUGAAGUAGACCUCUGGGAUCUAGAGGCUUCUUUAAUUUCUAUACAUUAGUUUUCUUCCAAGUGCAUAAGGGGCCCUUUUGGUCAUUUGUAGAUGCCCAUUAACUUUCAUGUAAAAUUGUAUAUUUAUUUUCACAAGCAGAAUGUGUAGAGUGCACACAUGUAAAGUAUCCUCAAGAUUGUACAAUCACAUACUAACGCACAACAGAGUAAAACCCCAGCAGGAGACUGGCAGACUGUCCCCUCAUUUACAGCAAAAGGUGAUGCAACUCAAUAUUUUUCCAAGCGGCGCACCAGUACCAAGAGAAGGCCGGUACUCAUGUGUCCUCAGAUUCCAUGUAAGGUUUUUUUUGUUUUUUUUUAAGUGAAUAAAACCAUACUGACAAAGUUGUGUUCAGAGAUCAUACUAGAAACAAUUUCCUCUAUUAACUUUUUUUGUUUAUGUAAAAUGUACUUCUAUUCAUUUCAUUACAAACAAGUACGGUUAUGUUUUUUUUUUUUUUUUUUUCAAUUUCAUAAGCUUUCAAAGUUGGGAGAAAUGUAUCAGCAACAAACCUGUUGUCUGGACAAGAUUUAGCAUUUUUCAGCAGCCUUUUAUUUUUGAUAAUCUACCUAAUGAAUGAUUCUGAAGACAAGAACUGAAUUCCAGAUGAAAAACUAGAGCAACUUAAUAGUCGUCCACAGUCCUGAGUAUUUCCCAUGAACAGGUACUCGACACCAACAGCUUUAACCGGUUAGAUUUUGGAAAGUCUUACUAAAAACUGUACCAAAAUCAACAAAACCAUGAAGCACAGAACAACAGAAACUGAGUAGAAAGAAUAAUAAACUUUAUAACAACAGAGAUGCUGUGUUUUUCAUGAAUUCUACUGUGCAGUGUAAACUUGAAAUAUAUUACAGAUGGUGUACGAAUGUCAAUGCAAAAUCUUAACUUUGCACAUGUUUGACCAUUUCCAGGUAUCACCAUUGAUUGAUUUUUUUUUUUUGUUAAAAAUGUGGAUGUUCAUUAUCUGGUUUGACUUGACAUAAACAGUUUAACCAUUUCAGCUUUUUACCACCAGAUGAAGGCAUUAUUUGACUGUUUUCCAACGUUUUCAGAUAUCCGUUUUCUUGUAAACUAAAUUUUGAAGGUAAACAUUUAAGCAAAGAUGGGACAUUGACUCUUUGCAUACAGACAAAAACAGGAGUACAUAAUAUUUGAGUAAAGCAGGAACAACUGGCUUCCCUUUCAGUAACAGGCAGGCCUAGUUUUUAAUUGAUUCUUGUGUAUUUAACCCAGAAGCACCUGGUUUGAAUCACUGUGUGAUCCAUUUUGAAGUGUUUAAAAUCAUCUUAAAUGUAAUGCUAGUGUGCUGUCUUUUUCUGUUCUUGCAUCAAACACUUACUUUCUGUAUGACAUGGUUUUUAUCUGAGUUCAUGUCCUGUUGUGGUUCUAGCGUAGAUGAUCUCUCUGUAAGUGGGCUUAUUUUCACAGGCGUUUUACUUUAUCACAGAAAACAUGCGUAUCACUUCCAACUAGGUUGCUAGGACUGUAAAACUAAUGCAUUAACUUGUAAAGUUAUUUAUUCUGGUUGUCCUUCUGUGACAAGUAAAUUCUAAUGCGAGAAGAAAUUUUCUGUUUUCAAAGUGACUCAGAGUGCGCGAUAAGACUUGAAGUAGUUUAUUAUUAGCCUCCAUAUGAUUGCAGUGUCUAAAACUGUAAAGGUUUAAAACAUACUUAACAAUGGAACAUUAAUACCACGAUAAUAUCUCUUGACUUGUGCAAUAGAUUUAUGGUAUUGCUGCAGCCAAAUAUUAAUGUUUAACUUUUGAAAAGGAUAUGGCACUGUAAACUGGCUCCUCAUUGCAUUUUACUCACCCUGUCAUUUCUUCCAGACUCUUCAAUAAUGAUACUUAUCCUUAACUUUACCUCCAACAGGUAUUCAUUCUUCUCUCCUCCUGUCAUGUCUUACAAUCUGUCCAUCAUCUCAGACCUCUGUAUCCUGACAUGAUUAUAGUGGGUCAUCAUUUUGUGUUAUCCUGUGAUUCCCAUUCCCAUCAUUACUCUGAAUGAUUAACUUGAUAUGAACUAUGCCAUUAACUAACAGCUUCCCUUGUAAUUAGGUUAAAUCAAUAGGUUAUCAAGUUUUUAUUAUGCUUUGUGAACCACAAUACUCCAUGAAGCUAGUUAAUUAUGGUUUUAUAUUUGUUAGCUCCCUGAACGACUGGAAAUAAAGAUUAUUAAGAUAGUUAUCGAGGGGAAGCCUCUCAGUUUAUGGCCUAGUGUUUGCACCAUUAAAACAUGCAGGUAAAGGUAAUAAUAAAAGCUUUUAUGACCAAUUAAUGCCUCUCAUAACAGCUGGUUAAUAGUUAAUGUGUGCCCAAAUAUAAAGUGUUCUGUCUGUUGCACAGAUUAAGAGUCAGUUUCAUAUGUUGCAUUUACAGUUGAGAAGAUCGGUGAUGUAUAAAUAAACGCUUGACUAUGAUUUUCGUGUAGACUGGCUUCAUGGAGCAGUAGACCACAAUUCACUGCAUUGUCUCCAACACCAGAGACUAGAGUAUAAAUGCUCAAAACACAGUGAGCUCCACCUAUUGGUUGGUCAAAUAAGUACAAACAGGUUGAUUAUUUUCCUUGCACAUUCUUCAUUGUGUUAACAGGAGUACAGUGUGUUCUGGUACCUUAAGUAUCAUCACAGAAACAAUAGCUACCAGAGUGUUUUUCUUCCUCUCCCUGCAACACUGACCUGGAUAAAAACACCUAAUAAGGGGCUGCAGUGAGGUUUUUUUUUCCUGCUGCUAGAGUGAGUGCAAUCCAGAUUUACAACAUUAUAAAAUGUCCCACUGUUUUUUGCAUCAUUGCUAAAAGGAAAAUCUACCCAAAUUAAAUGUCUAACUUAAUUUCUGUUUUUGUGCAAAAGAGGAACUUCCAGAGGCACCAUUGUUUAUUCAGCAGGAGCAGACAGAGACAGAUAUCAGUGGUGUCCUGUUGUUUUACUGACCACAUAUUGUCUCGAACCUUCAGACUUGAUUUUGCUGAUAAUGAAUCUCUUAAAAUUAGAGCUUUUUCUGUGAUUGAUUUUCUUUCAUCCUCUAACCCUUGUUUUUAAUGGUUUUCCUUCUGACGGAUGGAUCAAUAUUAAAAGGAGCAGAUUGAUGCAGGAGGAUGCAGACUUUUGAAAAGCAGUGAUUUGUUUUGGUUGGUAAUGCAAAGCUUUAUUUUUAUUCCUUUCACAAUGAAAUGUGAGGUUUGCAGGUACUGUUUAGUGUGUUGUUAAAUGGUGUUACCGACCAAUCAGUAGCUAUAAUGCUAAAAAAAUAACCUCCACCGUGGCCUAAUUUCAUCACAGCAAGUCUGUUCAAUGGCGUUUUUUUUUAACAGAAUGGUUAUCAGGUUGUGCAACACUCAAAUGAGCAAAAGCAUCUCUUGCAUAUGCCAUGCUGCUGCUGUGAUUACAGAGGAUAAUUGUAGUGUAUAAACUGUGAUUGACAUCUGACCUUAUUUAACUCCUACUUGUAAAGAGUGACACUGUAAACAUUGUUAUUACAUAGAAAGGCAAAGCUAUUUUAAUACUUGCUUCUUCCUGUUUUGUACGUAAUGUCAAUUAAAGCUAUGUCGUAGUGCCAGUAUAUGUGGUGUCGAAAUCAGUUGUUUGUCGACUAGAUUGUAAGAAAGAAAAAAAACGGUUCAUCACGUUAAAACCUCCAUAGUUGUCUCGGCAUGCUCAGGUUUAUUAAUGUAGAUAAAAUAUAUACCCCUGAACCAGUAUGACGUGAUAGAUAAAUACGACAAUGUCAAGGCCAGCCUGUAAUCAGUGCAUCAUUCAACAAACACACCACAUAUAGAGAACACCAAUUUGUGGACCAAUUUGUAUCAUAUGUACAGAAGCCCUCAGCAGCCAUUAAUGGACACAUUUCUUCUACUCCAUGUUCCUGUGAUAAUGAGGUGCCUUCAGUUACAUCAGUGAUCAGGACUUGUUUUCCUGAAGUUGCGUAAGAAUUAAACGAACACACAAACAGGUUUAGCUCAUUAUUGUGGGCAAUGGCAGCAUGACACCAUUGAGUUAUCUUUGAAAGCUGGGUUCAUUAUUUCAACUCCAGUAGUUAACUUGAACCACAUAAAAGACCAAGUUAAUCCCAUCAGUUGACUUCAAGUUUUUAUAAGUCGAUUCUGUAGUUUAUAAUGAGCUGAGUGGGACAACUGUGAAGUCAGAGUGACUGGGCUAUUUUUACAGCAACGAGGUCUUCUACCAGCAGCAAUAAUCUUCUCCCACUUUGAGGUGCUAAGCCAAAAUACUGCCUUGGUAGGAGUUGACUUAUUGCACUGGUAGAGCCAAGGCACUGGCUGAAGCGAUCGAUGAUCAUAAGGAAUCAGACAGAUUGUAAUUAUUUGGCUUCAUGUUGUUUAGCAGUCGAUGAGUAGGAGGGAAACUGGCCACAUUUCACAACAAAACAUCAUAUUAGAUGACUCAUUAGCUACUGCUACAUAAACACAAGCACAGCAUUGACCAUUUCAAGCUCAAAUUGCAGCUUAACUGUAAGAUGAUUUAAUAGGAUGUUUACUUUAGCUGGGAUAAAACAAAAGUAUCUUGACUUGCUUUCUCAGAUUGGACUCAAGUAUAUUGAAAUUUGUGUACAGUUAACAUUAAGAAUAAUUCUUCAUUUAAAGAACCUCAAACAUGGCCUUGAGAUAUGGCUGUGGGUGCUUAUCCCUCCCUGCUGCAGCCAUCUAUACCAUCACUACAUGAACUGCCUGAUCUGAGUGACGUUUUCUUUAAUUUCAACCAUGAACUUGUAUAAGGCACAGGUAUUAUAACACCACAAAGACAAAACUACCCACAGGACAACUUGAGUGUAGAUCUUGGUUGGAUUUUAGAAAAGUGACAAUUCAUCAGCUGACUCUGGGACCAAAUUAGCAAGGGACAUUCAUAGAAAUAUAGUAGGUCAAAAGUGGGAUAUAUGUCUUUUUAAAGCUGCUAUGAGUAACUUUGGGUUUGUGUUGGUUUCAGUCUCCCUUGUCACAUACAUGUGAAAAUAGUGUUUUCAGACAAAAAUCUAAUCCGAACAUCUCUAAAUGGUAAAAUAUUUAAUUUACUUUGAGUAUUUGCCAUGAAAAAGGGGAUAUUUUUUUUACCCUGCUGUCCAUCACCUGGUCUGACCCCCCCCCACCCCCACAGCAGUUUCAGGUAUUAGGAAAUGCUACAGAGAGGAUACCAGUCUUGUUCCUGAUGUUUUUUCUUGCUUUCAAAGGACAUAAAGAGGCAAUAGUAUCAGUUUCAGUCUGUUUCCCAACAAGUUCAAACCUCCGAACAGCGCCUUCAAAGAACUGGACCCCACUGGUUUUUAAAAUGCUGCACACUCCUGCAUUAAUCAAAUGGUUUGUCAGAAAGAAAACUGUUAAAAACGAGGAUAAAGAAGAUGAAAGAAAAUCAAUCACAGAAAAGCUCUCAUUUUAAGAGAUUUAAUAUCAGCAAAUCAAAUCUGGAGAAGGAAGGCAGAAGGUUUGAUGUGGUGAGUAAAACAGCAGGACACCACUAACUACUGUCUCUGUCUGUUUCUGCUGAAUAAACAAUGGGGCCUCUGGAAGUUCUUCUCUUACACAUAGAUGGAAAUUAAGUUUGACAUUUCAUUUGGGUAGAUUUUCCUUUCAGCAGUGCAAGAAAAACAGCUGUGGACAGUAGGGGGACUUCUUGUCUUGUAAAUCUGGCUUGCACUCACUCCUCUGACAGAGAAAAUGACCUUGCUGUGUACAGAGUGUUUUCUUCUAAGUAAGUGUUGCAGGGAGAGGAAGAAAAAACACUGAUUACUAUUGUUUCUAUGAUGAAUCUUCAGGUACCAGAUCAUACUGUACUGUGAACACUAUGUGCUAUUGACACAAUAAAAACAUCCAUCUGUUUGUACUAAUUUGACCAACCAACAGAUGGAGCUCACUGCGUUUUGAGCAUUUAUAAGCUUUAGUGAUAUGGCUUUAAAGGUCAAACUUUGAAAUAAGACUCAAGAUGAUGAUAUGGUGAAUUAUGGUCUGGUACGUUUAGCUUUUGUAUCAAUAUAGUUACAGUUAUUUAGAUAUUCCUGAUAUUCUGAGCAGCCAAACAUGUGAAACUGGAUCUUAGCCUUUUGGAUGGAUACUUUUUUUUAGUUUGAUGCACAUUAACCAUCAACCAGCUGCUUAUUAGAAGCAUGUUAGUGGCUCCUAAUUUGUCAUUUUGCCAACAUAUCUACAUGACGCAACUUUUAGGAUGUAAACAGAGAAGUUUCCCCUCAACAACCUCCCUAUCAUCC